AUGAAUAUUUUCGAUUUUUCAGCAAUUACAUUACGUGUUUUUCCGAUGGUUCACAAUGUGUCAAUAAAAUCUUCAAAUAUUACUGAGCACAGUGUAUAUGACGAUAAUGGUGCAGCUAUUUACAUUGGUGUUGUAAUUGUUUUUUACUCAAUUGCUUUAUUAUUAACCUUGAUUCGUUCUGUAUUGAACGGGGCUCAUCUGGAUGAAUCAGCUUACAUUUUCAAACGCUUAUAUCAUUCUCAUGAACGUGAACAUAUUAUUAAAAAAUUAAAAGAUCCCGAAGAACGACGACGCUGGUGGAAAAUAUACUAUGGUGAAGACGAAAAAUUUAAUGAUCGGAAAGAUCAUCAAACGGUUAAUAAAUUGAAACAACAGUUAAAACAGUUUUCAUAUGCUUAUGAUGAUUUACAUUUAUAUGAUCAAUAUCAUAUACUGGACGGUAUUUUCGUUUACUAUGGCGGUAUACCUGCCGGCAACCGUCGGUCUUUUGUCGGUAUUAAGCACACGGGUAGUGGCAUAAAAUUUUUUCAUCCAUUUUAUAAUUAUUAA